AUGAGCUUCAAGAGUCAGACGUCCGUCGCGCCGCGAGUGCUGACGUCAUCAUGGCGCGUGUCGUGGUCGCUCUUCCUACUCCUAGCCGUCGCGCUCUUCGUCCUUGCAGACGUCCUCGUUAUAAGAUACAGCUGCUCCGGCUAUUCCCCACCAUGGAGAAGGAGUAGUAGUGAAUCCAAGUUCGUAAAGCUGCCAGUUGAAGCAACCGCCGCCGAGAUCGGACCGUUGGCCGGCGGCGCGGACCGGCAAGGGAUGAUGGACGAGCCGGCGGACCUGCGAGAAAUGGACGAGGCGGCGAACCUCGGGAUCAGCGAAGAGGCGAACGCGCGAGAAAUGGAUGAGGCGGACACGCGAGGAGUGGACGAGAGGGGUGCAGAUCGGUUGCGGUACCCGGGCAGGAAGCGCGUGCUGGGGUUCGUCGGGGUGCAGACUGGUUUCAAAAACCGCAGGAAACGCGCACUGCUCCGCGAGACGUGGUUCCCCGGCACACCCGAGGAGCACGCGCG